AAUGCCAGAUACAUCAAGAGGCAGAAGCCAACCGAGGUAGCGUGAGUCUGUGAGUACCUGCUUGUACAGCUGUGUGGGCUUUGCAGUGUUAUUUGUGUUGACUCAGCUGAAUGAAACUCAAUCCAAAGAGCAUCCGUUCAGUCAUUAAGAGGUGCGCAGAGGGUGUCCAGCACGAGCAGAGCGAUCGUUCAGUGUCUGUGGGUGAAGUUCAACUUACAAUGGCAGAAAAACCCUUGACAGACUGGGACAGUGGUCUCCUUGACUGCUUUGAGGAUACAAAUACUUGCUGCUAUGGAUUCUGGUGCUGCCCCUGUCUCGCCUGCACUGUUUCAGGAAGAUUUGGAGAGAACAACUGUCUCCCUUUAUGUGAUAUAAUCGGCCCUGGAGUAUUAGCAGCCUUUGGGAUACCUGCUUGUGUUCCUCCUGCAGUUUUGUCUGUAAGAGCUGCCAUGCGAAACAGAUAUGGCAUCAAGGGCUCUCUCUGUAAGGACAUUGCAAUUUCCUGUUGCUGCUGCACGUGCUCCUGGUGUCAGAUGCAUCGCGAGUUAAAGCAUCGCAAGAAAACUCCGACUGUUGUCAACAUACAGAAUAACACUGUUGUCAACAUGCAGCCUAUUCCAACUGUCCAGCCAGGAGUAAUGAUGAUGCCUGCACAACCAGUUGCAACUGGUUUCAUGACUCAACCAGAAGUGAUCAUUCACUAAAAGUGAAACUGAGAAAUCUGAUGUUACUCAGGGUAUGUACUUGUAAAAGCAGAGAAUGUAAUCAUUUAGUAUGCUAAAUCCUUACUAUUGACUUCCUACUUAUCAAGAAAUGAUGGAAAUGAUAAUUCGCCCAUUUGAAGUUUGGUUACAAAUGUAGAUGUACGUUAUUGUUUACAUAAUAACAAUAUUUUACUGACUCAAUAAAAACAAUCAGAG